CACAUAAAGAAACUGUUUGAUUCCAGCCUUCACAGCGACCAGAGAGAUUUCCUAAACAGAACCCUCCGGCUGCAGAACCAGAACCACCAUGGAACGUUCCUCCUGUUCAGAGGACAGGAGACCCUCCAGCUGUAAGUUUGUGGAGCUCCAUGUGCUGUACGUUCCUGCCCACCAGUGGAACCUGAAGCUCAACAAAGUCCCAGCAGAAGCAGCAGAGAGCUUCAUAUCGGCCGGAUUCAUCAGAGUUCAUCCUGACAUCUCCCUGAGGACUCUGAGGAGGGACCUCGGCGCUCUGCUCGGCGCCGACGGCAGCAUCGACAGAUUCUCCUUCCUGAAAUGUGUCGGCCGAAGCCUUGCUCUGGUCAGAAGCAAACAGGAGAAAGACCUGAAAGUGAAAACGUUCACGCCACCUUAUGCCGCCCAGCCGGAGCUCUACCUGCUGCCCACCCUGGAGGCCGACAGCAGCUGCCAGUCCUUCAGCCCCGACACCAGCAGCAGCUCCCCAGAACCACACAUCUACUACCAGCCUCCAGCAGCAGCAAAGGAGCCUGUUAAACUCCCCCACAUCCCCCAGUGUUCCCAGCAGGCGCCUCCCACCCCCCAUACAGAGGAGGAGGAGGAUGAAGAGGAGGAUGAAGAGGAGGAUGAAGAGGAGGAGGAGCAGAUCUACAGCUCCUCAGAGGGAGAAGGAGAGGAUGAGGAGGAAGUUCUGAGCUCCACGAGGAGACCAGUGAAGCUCCAGAAUCAAAGACCUCCACAGCCGGUUCCACUGAGUAAAGCUUUACAGUGGUGUGAAGUGGAUCCAGCUCAGACGAAGCAGCUGCCAGACAGAGAAGAAACCUUCAUGAAGAAGAAACAGAGAGGGAGCAGAGCAGCCGAGUCUCUGGAGGAGUCUGGAGAUUCAGGAUUCUCCCUCACAGACGGAGUUGGAAAAUCAAACACGCUGAAGUCCAUCAGAAAUAAACCAACACCUGGGGUGACAGGAAGUCCAGCUGUGCUUUCUCGGCCCGUUGGCUGCUCGUCUCCAGGUCCAGACUCGGCUCUGGUUCCUCAUAAAACAGCCGCUUCUCUGGUCUUUCACACCGUAAACAAAGAGGAACUAAUCGAGGAAAUCAAGCUGGCGAGGGAUGAGAGGAAGCAGCUCGAGUGGACGAGAAAAGAGCUGCUGAGAAAGGGGAAGGACCUGUUAGCCCAGAACCGACACCGCAGGAACCAAGCACGGGACAGCUGGAAGAAAAAAUAUUUCGAAACCAAAAAGGCCACAGCGCCGCUGGAGGACAAUCUGAGAACCUUAAGACAAGAACUGGAGACAUUUUACAACAAACUCCUUCACCAGCUCCAGGCCAGAGACAGCCGAGGAAAGCCAAGACGACAAGGAAGGUCUUCAGUAAAAAAUGAGCUCAUCAUUCAGAUCAUGACGGAGAGCUACGAAACCGACAACCUGAGGAGGAAAGUAGAAGACGCAAAGAUGAAGCUGGUCACGGAGAUAAAGCUGAGGAAACAGGCGGCCACAGAGCUGAGAGCCCUGAAAGCUGAACUGGCUCAGAAGAAGAGUCAGUCGUCUCAUCCUGGACUGAUGGGAAACAACACGAGACCACAAGUUUAGAACACAACAUACAUGAUGUGUGAAGGAGUUGAUUUAUGCUGUUCAGUAUUUGGUACUUUUUGAAACUGUAAGCCAUCAUUUUUCCUCUUGUUUUCUAAUUAAACUGCUGAUUUAUGUCCA